AUGCAUUUUGUAAAAAAGGUUCCGACCACCGAUGAGGAGAGAGCAGUGAAGGAAAAAGAGCGAGCUAUCAAGCUUAAGACGUUCUGUGCAGUUAGAGAUCUUAUCUUCGAGAAACGAGCAAAAGGCGAGUUGGAUGAUGAGAUUUUGAUGUUGACGCAAAAACUUUUGGAAAGGAACCCUGAUGUAUAUACGUUUUGGAACAUAAGGCGGGAAACGAUCAGUGUGAAGAUAAAGGAUUUGAGACAAGCGGAACGAUGUUUUCAGUUGGCAUCAGAAUCAAAAGAAUCCACAAAAGUCGAAGAUUUGCUGCGAGCAGAGCUCUUUCUAACCCAGUUAUGUCUUGAGGCAAACCACAAGUCUUAUUCGGCUUGGUUUCAUCGAGGUUGGGUAUUGCAACAACAGGAGCAUCCGGAUGUUAAAACAGAGCUAAUGCUUUGUGACAAAGCACUGAAAUUGGACUGCAGGAAUUUCCAUACUUGGGAUCAUCGACGAGUUGUUGCGAAAUUAUGUUCUCUUGAAUGGUCUGAUGAGCUCGAGUUUUCUAAUCGUCUCAUUGCUCAAAAUUUCUCGAAUUACUCCGCUUGGCACUAUAGGGCGGCCUUGCAUCUUAAGGUUGGAAGAACCAACGAGAACUUGAAGAAGCUCGAUGAAAUGACUAUUAAUGAUGAACUGAAGAAAGUGACGUCGGCGUUUUUCACUGAUCCCGAUGACCAGAGUGCGUGGGUGUAUACCCGAUUUCUUCUUGAAAUGGAUUCACGAAGAGUGUUCUCCAAGCCGAAAUCGUUAGUGCCAUGUGUUCCACUCACUGUCUCCUUUCAUGGGAAUAAUACCACUGUGGUGAUGUCCAAAUCGUGUACAAUUGAUGAAGUUUUGGGAUUCAUAAGCACAUCUGAAGAAGCACCAUGGAAAGGAAUUUCUGCACUUUCUCCUAAACCAGAGUGCGCUAGAAUUUGGCAGUGUAUCUCAAGUGUUCCUUGUACUGUACGACCUGAAAUAGGCAAGAAUGUCACUAUUGAUAUAACGGAGCAACCUUACGCGAACAGGGUUUGUCCUAAAUAUCAAAUUUUUAUUGGAAAUUCUACCGUUUCAUUCUUCUUUGCUUUGGACGGUAUUGAAUUAUUGGCCGGAUUAGUGACAACGCUUGAUGUGAGCGGAAACCACUUACGAAAUCUCGAUGAGGUUCUGAUGCCAAAUCUCGAAUAUCUCACUGCUAACGAGAAUCCCAUAGUAAGGUUAGUCCCAAACAUCACCUUUUGCAACGUCAAAUUUCUUGCUUUGGGCGCAUGCCACAUAAAUGAUGUGGACUGUGUGCUGCCGGCUCUAAAGACUAUGUGUGCAUUAGAAAGAUUUUUAUACUGCGAGACUCCUUUGGUUUCGAAGACUGAAGAUUUAGCCAAGGAACUCCCAUCUGUAAGACUCAUUCCUUACUACUUGUGA